AUGGGGAUGGAGUACACCAAAAAGGGAGAAGACGCAGAGGGGGCGAAUACGAACCAACGGGUGGUCCACCUGCAGCAAUGGAUGUCCGCCCUGUCUGAGAGGAAAAAAGGGAAAGGGUCAAUCUUGUACAUUCACGGAAUACACAACACAGCAGGGGGGGAGGAGCUGCUUAACCGAAAGGACCCACAAAAAUGUGAAAAUAAUUUCGUUUCAUGUCAAACUAAGGGGAUCAUAUAUGAACGACUAUGUUUAGGAGUCCGCUACCUCGAAAUGGUUAUUCUCGAGCAGUGCGGAACGGAGGAAGGAACAAGUGAUCUUCUUUGCGCAUGCGGAGAUGGCUGCAUAUAUAGCGCUAGUGACUUGCUGGAAGAAGUGGCUGUUUUUUUUUUAAGCAAUAAAAGGGAAAGAGUGGUCCUUUCAUUUUUGCUGCGCGCAGGGGGGGGUCACGAUGAUGGUGAUAACGGCCACGAGGACAGCGACAACGACGAUCAUAAAACGACCCACCUGCUCGACGUGUACAUGUAUCUGUACCUCCGCCGACACAUCAAGCAGGCAGAAGGGGAUGAAAAAUGUCGGGUCCUCUACUUCCUUAACGACAGGGAAAGAUUUCUGAAUCUGGCAAAGUACCAACAUGACAUUGACCACUUUGCAAUUCGCAACUGGGUUUUUAAUAACAUGUCUUUGCUGCUCUCAUCGAAGAUGGUCCACAGCGGGGGAAGAAGUUCAGACGGGGGAGACACUUUUCUACUGGAGGGAAAGGACAGUGUAAACUCCCCUCGGGAGACGUGGAGAGUGUGCCCCAAGGACGAAGGAAAGGAGACAAAUGCACUGACCCCAUUCUGUAACACCAUCAACAGGAAUGAGAACACUUUGUUAAGCCUUCCGCAGCAACAUCACAUGUCCCUGUUCAGAUUAAAUUCCAUGCACAAUGAUCAAGUACCAAUUUUGUCUUCAAAAGUUUGCGUAAAAAAAAAGUUCCCUAACAUCCUCAUAACCACACAAGGUGAUUACCAUGUGGCGGACUCAAAAGAGACAGAUGAUUCGCUCCUUCCCUCUGAGACUGCCUAUAGAAGAAACAACGCGAAGAGGUACUACAUGCAGAGGGAAAGGGACCACAACCAUGGUGGUACACUACAUUCACUCAACACACAUGAUAGUAAUUUAAAUUGGAGCGGAAAAUUCAUUGGGUCCAACAACCUCCCCUUAACAGAGUACGUCAUUGAUGUACCCAGACAGCAUAAACUACUCAGCUCUCCUUUUGCAUUUUUAAAUAAAAAGUUGGUAUACCUCUGCCAAGAGGGAGAGUGGCUUAGAGGGAAACAUACCCUCCAGGCGGACACUAACAAUACAUACUACGUGAUCAAAAUGGGAGGGGAUGGGCUGAAGGCGCAAACGAAGCAGAGUUGCUUGGCUCGCCUUCAAAAUAUAUUCAGUGCUGAUGUAGGACCCUGCUGGGUAUGUAUCCUCGCGCAGGAGUUCCAUCUACAGGACGUGUUCGAUGUGAUUUGCAUGAACUUUUGA